GGUCUGGGCACAGAUGAGAGCACUCUUAUAGCGAUCCUCUGUACACGUAGCAAUGAGGAGAUCAUUGCCCUCAGGAAACAGUACAAGAGUGCCUAUGGGAAAGACGUAGAGAAGGACGUUGCAUCGGAUACUUCGGGUCAUUUCAAGAGAGUGCUGAUAUCACUGCUCACUGUACGUCCAUAUGUUACUCCACUAUACUGUAUCCACUGCAGUGGAACUAGCUCUAGCUCUAAGGACACCCCUGAUAUGAGGACACCUCACUAUUACAUAAGGACACAUACUUAUUCACACCUCACUAAUAUGGACACUUUCUUCUGCCACUGUGGUGUCUGGAUUAGAGUGGUUCCACUGUAGAAUGUGCCAUUAAUGCCAUUUAUGUCUUACUGCUGCUGAAUAAACAAUGGCGCCAUUCCAUUCAAUGUGUCUGUAGGUUGUGUACAUCUAUCUUGCCUGCCAGCAUUUUACUUGAUUGUGUAGAGGUUUGAGUCCCAUCAGUAGCAAAACUAAUAAAAGACUUUCGCACGAAUUUCACGUAUCUUUUUCGCAAGUAUUUGGUUCCAAUGUAGACACAAACACAAACACGGAAAAAUUUUGUCGCAAAGGCAAGAUAAGUCGAGAGAUAGGGAUAGAGAGUGCUAGAGAAACGAUAUGGGGAUG